GCAUUCUUCUUCUUCACUAAAAAUAAGAAAUCCCCUUUUACUGGUAUUUUUAUUACUUGCCACUUAAACCCUAACACCUGAUACUUAAUUUUAAAACCUUGCGCACUACAGACUGAUCCAAUACCUUCUCUGCAUUUCAUUCUUGUGCUCUAAUUCUAUUUUUUGAGUUUGCACAUGUGCUGCUAUGGAUAAUAAUUCUCAAUCCUCUGGUGCACAGCAGUUCCGGCCAGUAGCUCCGGCACAGCAGGGACAGCAGUUCAUGUCGAUGUCUCACCAACAGUUCAGGCCUGUUGCACAUGGAAUGCCAUCUAACGUUGGGAUGCCAAUUCCAGCUGGGCAAGGUCAGGCGAUGCAGUUUUCUCAACCUAUGCAACAGAUGCCACCAUGGGCAAAUCAUCCUGGCCAUCUCGCACCUUCAUCACAAUCUGUUCCAUUGCCAUAUGCUCAUCCAAAUAGGCCUCCACCACAGCUGCAGCAGAAUGUGCCACCUUUUGCACCAUCUUCUUUUGGUCAGCUUCAACCUAAUGCGAUUCCGUCAUCCCAAUUCCAACCAUCGCCUCAAAUGCAUGCACAUCUUUUUCCUACAGGGGCACAACCUUGGUUGCCCUCUGGAACCACUGGCAUAACAGUUGCUACCUCAAUACAUCCAACUGGGCAACAAGUUUCCGUCUCUUCUUCUUCUUCUGAUACAGCGGUAAAUGUUCCUAAUCAACAGUCUUCAUCUGAAUGGCAAGAGCAUACGGCUUCUGAUGGGCGGAGAUAUUAUUACAACAAGAGAACAAAACAGUCUAGUUGGGAGAAGCCUCUUGAAUUGAUGACUCCAAUUGAGGCAGGAUUUCACUUUCUCAAGAGGGCUGAUGCAUCAACUGUCUGGAAGGAAUUCACAACUCCAGAAGGGAAAACGUAUUACUACAACAAGCUCACAAAGCAAUCUAAGUGGUCAAUACCUGACGAAUUGAGGUUAGCUAGAGAACAGGCUCAACAGACAGCAAGCCAGGGAACCCAAUCAGAAACUGAUGCAGCUUCUCAUUCCUCGGUUGCUGUUAGUGUUGGAGAUACUUCUGCAACAGCUAUUCCAGUUUGCUCUAGCUCUUCAAUUUCUGGGGUAGUUUCUAGCCCAGCACAAGUUACCCCUGCUGUUGCUGUUCCUAAUCCUACAGUGGUAGUUCCUAGUGCAUCAGCCCUACCUGCUGCACCACCUGUCAUAGCAAAUGCUCCUGGUGUGCAAACCUCUCCGGUAACUAUGACUGUUUUACCUACUGCAGGGAGUACUAGUGCUGCUGCUGCUGCUGUUGUAGUUAAUUCCCAGACGUCACGGGGAGGGUUUGAUAAUCAUGCAUCUCAAGGUUCCGUAACUUCUGUAGAUGGAGCAUCAAUGCAGAUUGCUGAGGAAUUGAAAAAAGGAACUGUAGUUGCAUUAAAAAGUGAUGCAAAUUCCACAGAGGAGAAAACUUUGGAUGACGAACCUUUAGUAUUUGCCAAUAAAUUGGAGGCAAAAAAUGCAUUCAAAGCUCUCCUGGAAUCUGCUAACGUUCAGUCUGAUUGGACUUGGGAGCAGACAAUGAAGGAGAUCAAUAACGACAAGAGAUAUAAUGCUCUAAAGACACUAGGUGAACGGAAGCAAGCAUUUAAUGAAUAUUUGGGUCAAAGGAAAAAAGUGGAAGCUGAGGAGAGACGCAUGAGACAAAAACGAGCGCGUGAGGAAUUCACAAAAAUGUUGGAAGAGUCCAAGGAACUCACGUCGUCCAUGAAAUGGAGCAAAGCCAUAAGCUUAUUUGAAACUGAUGAACGGUUCAAAGCUGUUGAGAAAGCUAGAGACCGGGAGGAUCUUUUUGACAACUACGUAGUGGAACUUGAGAGGAAGGAAAGGGAAAAAGCUGCAGAAGAUCACAGGCAACAUGUAACAGAAUUUAAAACAUUUCUGGAAUCCUGUGAUUUUAUUAAGGUGAAUAGCCAGUGGAGAAAAGUACAAGAUCGUUUGGAGGAUGAUGAAAGGUGUUUGCGUCUUGAAAAACUUGACCGCUUACUUGUUUUCCAGGACUACAUACGGGACCUAGAGAAGGAAGAAGAGGAACAAAAGAAGAUUCAGAAGGAACAACUGAGACGGACUGAGCGCAAAAACCGUGAUGCAUUCCGUAAAUUGCUUGAAGAUCAUGUUGCUGAUGGCUCUCUUACGGCAAAAACUCACUGGCUUGACUAUUGUUACAAGGUUAAGGACUUGCCUCAAUAUCAUGCUGUUGCAACAAACACCUCUGGUUCAACACCAAAAGAUUUGUUUGAGGAUGUCGCUGAAGAAUUAGAGAAACAGUACCGUGAUGACAAAACUCGUGUGAAGGAAGGUCUGAAAUUAGGGAAGAUUACCAUUACAUCAACAUGGACAUUUGAAGAUUUCAGUACUGCUAUAUCCGAUGAUAUUGAUUCCCCACGGGUAUCAGAUAUCAACAAAAAGCUUUUGUAUGAGGAAUUGCUUGAGCGAGCAAAGGAGAAGGAGGAGAAAGAAGCUAAAAAGCGUCAGCGUCUUGCUGAUGACCUCACUACACUAUUACGUACAUAUAAGGAAAUUACUGCAUCCUCUAGCUGGGAGGAUUGUAAACCCCUUUUGGAAGGAAGCCAAGAGUAUAGGGCGAUUGGAGAAGAGAGUUUAAGCAAAGAAAUUUUUGAGGAAUAUGUUGCACACAUGCAGGAAAAGGCUAAAGAUAAGGAACGCAAGCGUGAAGAGGAGAAGGCAAAAAAGGAGUUAGAGAAGGAAGAAAAAGAGAAGCGGAAAGACAAAGAGAGAAAGGAAAAGGAGAAGGAACGUGAAAAAGAAAAAGGAAAGGAACGGAUAAAGAAGGAUGAAUCCGAUAGUGAAAAUGUUGAUACAAUUGACAGUUACGCACUUAGGGAGGACAAGAAGAGGGAAAAAGAUAAAGAUAGGAAACAUCGGAAACGACAUCAAAACGGCACUGAUGAUGUCAGUUCGGAUAAGGAUGAGAAAGAAGAAUCUAAAAAGUCCCGUAGACAUGGUUACAGUGAUGUAAGUUCAGACAAGGAUGAGAAAGAAGAAUCCAGAAAGUCCCGCAGACAUGGUAGUGAACGAAAAAAAUCAAGAAAGCAUUCACGCACACCUGAAUCUGAUAGCGAAAGCCGGCCUAGAAAGCAUAAGAGAGAUCAUCGUGACGGUUCCCGUAGAAAUGGCAGCCAUGAUGACCUAGAAGAUGGGGAACUCGGCGAGUAUGGGGAAAUUGAUUAGCAAUUUAUUGCCAUAUUUUCUCAAAUUGUGGUGACCUAUGGAUGGACAAGAUGUAAAAACUUCAGCUAAUUCUCACUUCCUUUUUACUGCAUAAGAUUUUACUGAAAUAUAGAUGACGCUGUUGUAGAUUUUGGGAAGUGGUCCAUCACCAUAACAACUGAUACUCCUUUUGGAUGUAUUAUUCAAUUCAUGUUAUGGUCGUGAGUUUCAUUACUGUCCAGAAUUGGAAAAUGCCUAGAGGAUAAUUGUCUAGCUAGUGUGGUCCCUGUUGUUCUUUUGGCAUUUUGUAAUUAGCAGAUAUUGAAUUGAGCUAAACAGUAUUUAUUGAGAUAUUAAGAAUUUUUAGUUUUUGUUU